AUGUCCUUCUCGAUUUCCAUUUCGCUUUUCUCUUUUCUUCUGUGCUCGACACUGAUCGAAGUGGCCGAUAACCUGAUCGCCUACGACAGUCGGAAUGAACUUCUCAAUAUUCCCGAGAAUGAAAUCCACGUCAUAACGGAUGCCAUCGAUAACUUCAAGCCAAAACUGCGUGUUCAGUUCAUCAAUUUUCAAAAUGUAAAGCGGAGAAAGUGAGUAAUUGAUUGUGUACCUAAUCUAUUUUUAUAUUUUAGAGCCACUGCUACAAGAGACGGAAAAAUUAGAAUAGAAACAAGGGUGAGGCACUUCCAGAAGCCAGUCAUUGAACCAGUGAAAGUGGAGCCACAGCUCAUACAGGUAAGCGUUCCAUUCCCUUUCAAAAUGACCUCUUCCCUAUCAGCUCCGCUUCGGAGGUGGCUCCAAAGCUCAUUUCCCGUACAACAGAGUGGUAGACUGGCAACGAAGGAAUGAAAUAUCAUCGGAGUCACGCGAAGAAGAGCCGUCCACGAGCACGGAACUGCCCGUUCCAUCGGUGACCCCAAAGAGCUGGGCGAAGACGACGACGACGACGUUGACGCCGUAUUCGGCGGAGCCGGCACUCAUCCUUCCGUCCAGAUUUCACAGAAGGAAAGAAGAAGUGGUGAUUGUAUUCAAGAAGAAGCAGAAAUCAUGA